UAGAGUGAGCAGACGGAAGUAGUGCAGUCCUGGCAAGUUUUAGUGCUGGGGAAACACAAGCCCUGCUGACAAUAUGGUGUUAAAACAAUGUCAUACGCGACUCAAAGUGGUCGUCUUUAACCACACAGAGAAGUGGUAUGACCCUACUCAUAAUAAACAUAGAGUUAGUAGUUUGGUGCCAGCGCCGCCGAGCAGUUUGACAGCUGGGUGCUCCUCUGUCAUCACUGCACCCUGUACAAAGUUUGACAAGCCGACAUGGAGACGGAGACGAGCUCCUGGACCGAAAACAAUGCAUGUUACUGCUGGGGGACACAUAUCCAUCAGAGAACUGAGUACUUCCAUCAGAGCUCUCCAGUAUGAUCUGAAUGCAGAUGUACCACAGACUGAAGGCCGGAAGCUGUUUUUUGAUACACACGCGGUGGUACGACUGCUGGAGGAAAAUGGCUUCACUACUCAGCAAGCUGAGGUGAUAGUUCAGGUAUUGAUGAGGAUGACAAACUCUAACAUGGAUGCUAUCUAUAAUGACAUGGUAACCAAAGUGCAGCAGGAGAUUAUGUUGCAACGGGUGAUGUCUCAAAUAGCAGCUGUAAAAAAGGACAUGAUCAUCCUAGAGAAGAGCGAGUUUUCUACAUUAUUGGCAGAGAAUGAGAAAGUCAAGAUCCAGUUAAUGGAGCUGAAGGUCCAACUGGCAGAUGUAAUGAAUAAAGUGCGCUCAGACACUAUUUUGGAUAUGAAUUUGGAGAAAAGUCGUUUUAAAGAGUUGAAAGUAGACAAUGAGAAGAAACUUCUAGAAGCACGAACAGAGAUAAUGGAAAUGACUGCAGAGCAAGAUCGUCAUUUGACUCAGACCAACAUGAAGAUAGACACGGAAGUGGCGGGUUUAAAAACCAUGUUAGAGUCUCAUAAACUGGAUACUAUAAAAUAUCUUGCAGGUUCAGUGUUCACCUGUCUCACUGUGGUGUUGGGUUUCUAUCGUAUUUGGAUGUGAACACUAGAGUGCGACAUUCAUAUUAACUGUGGUGACUUUUGAAUGCAUCAAUGCAUCCUCUGAAUCUAAAAACAUUCAGAGAGCCAGUCUCUUUCACGUCAGACCUCAUUUUGUGUUACGUGUUAUUGAUCAGUAUGAUUUUGUGUUUACUGGUGCAAUCCUUUACUGCAACUCCAUGAAUGAAUUAUAAGCUAAGAAGUGGAACUCCUGUCUCCUGAAGAUACUCCUUAUUCAAGAAAUGGUUUGAUGACAAUUAAAUACAGACCUCUUAUUUAAUUAUCUAAUGCAGUUUGAAAUUGUAAUUAUUAUUCUUUAAUAUCAUGUGAACACAGUAUGGUAUAUGUGUAUAUGAAGUUGUAGAUUGGAACUGAAACUCAGGAGGAGCUUGUGUAACUCUUAACCACUAUAUCAUCACAGAUAUGUAACUUUUACAUGCCAUGUGACUUCAGAAAUGUUUUAAUAACUGACUUUUUAAAAUUUGAUCUUAUGAGGAUAAAAUUGUCAAUAAAAUUUGUGGUAACAACAGAAGUGUCUGUUACAGUGGAUGUAUGUAUGGAGGGAUGCAUUAGUCAUAUAAUUAUGCAUUUAGCAUGCUCUACAUUAUGAGUCUUGUUGAAACACAUGAUAUACCUUUUCUCCUCUGGGUUCAAGCAUGUUUAAAUAGUGAUA